AAAAAAAAGAAAAAAAAAAUGACAUUGACACUCCCAUUAUUUCAAAAAGAUAUGACUUCAGAUGCUUAGUGACUAAGAAUCAUAGCAAUUACGUGCUUUCGAAUUGAAACAAAACAAUGUCUUCAAACAUCCCUGACUGCCCUCCAAGUCUGAAAUCAAUCCAACAUUAUUUAAAAACUGCAUCUGAACACGAUGCUAGAGAUCCCGUUGUGGCUUACUGGUGUAGGCUACAUGCAUUACAAAUCGGAUUAAAAAUUACGACCAAGAAAACACCCGAAGAAACUAAAGUGUUAAUGGCAAUUAUGGAUUGGUUGGAAGAAGCUAAAAAGAUUCAUAAGGAUAAUGAAGCCGUAAGCAAUGAAGUAGCUGCACAAGCACACCUUGAAAACUAUGCGUUAAAAUUGUUUUUAUAUGCUGAUAAACAAGACAGAGAAGAAAAUUUUGGAAAAAAUGUAGUAAAGGCCUUUUAUACAGCUGGAUUGAUUUAUGAUGUACUUUGCACAUUUGGAGAACUUACUGAAGAAGCAGCCCAAAAUAGAAAGUAUGCUAAGUGGAAAGCUGCUUAUAUUCAUAAUUGCCUCAAAAAUGGUGAAACUCCAGUCCCAGGUCCCAUGCCAGUUGAAGGGGAAAAUAAUACUGAAAACUCUGGAAUGGACGAUCAGCCUGCUGCAGAUAGCACUCCUCAAGACCCCGGAUUUACUGCUGUGAAUCCAUCUACACCACCUACUGUUCCCACUAGUUUUACAAGUUCUCUCCCAGAUCCUAACGCAGCAUUGAGGGCAGCCUCACAACUACCACCAGUGCCAUACACUCCAGAUCUAAACCCCGGAGGUUUUGUACCAUAUGAUCCAUCACAGCAACCGCCAUCCAAUCCCACACCAUUAUAUGGUGAUAGUUCAUCAACUAUUGCUCAGCUUAAUCCAGAUCAGAUCGCAAAGGCCCAAAAGUAUUGUAAGUGGGCUAGCAGUGCAUUGAAUUAUGAUGAUAUUAAAACUGCAAUCAACAAUUUAAAAAAUGCCUUGGAGCUACUGCAAACUGGACGUGAUCCUGCUUAAUUCACUUGUUUAUUAAAAAUACAAUAAAUUGCACUUGCACAAAGUUAGUAAUACCAAGGAUUAUUUCAGAGACACUGGUUGUAUGCCACAUGCCCUGGUUGUAACAUUCUUUAACAAUGAUCCAUAAGCAUAAUUUGCAAGUGUAAAUGUAAACUGUUAGUUAAAUUUUGCUGUUAGUCACAGACAUGGAAUUAAGCUCAUAAAAAUGUACAACAAUAAUAAUUAUUUGGUUAAAAAAAAAAAAAUCAAAAAUAUCAAUAAGAAAUGAUGAGAAUUUUAUAACUGGAGGACUGGCAUUCCCCAUGAACUUGAAGGCUUUAUACUUCAAUAGCCCUUAUUCUCAGAAUCAAUGCCCAUGCAUGACUUUUCAUAAGCACAACUAGCAUCAUGCAACCAGCAAUCUGCUAUGUGCGCUCUGAAGUAAGCCUAUAGAAUUACUUCUGUUUGCAGUUAGAGCAUUUGUAGCCUGGCUUAAUAUCAUUAACUUAAAAAAGAACUUGGUCAAGCAAUGGCCUCAAAGUUAGUUACUGGGUAGUAAGUUCUUUGUGUUUUCUGCCUGUGAAACAUGAUUUCUGAUUAUUUACUGCACUGUUGAGAAUUAUAACUUUUACACAUAGUCACCCCUAGAUUAUCCUUAAACAGUGAUAAGUUCAAAAUAAUUUCUGUGUACUUAUAUUAUAUUGGCUAUAAAUUUGAAAUUUAAAUAUCUUUAUCCUGUUUUUAAGCAAAUAUUUAUAGUGUAGUUUUUUUUAAGGUCUACUAUGGUGGUUGGCAUCUAUGUUGGUGAUAUAUAAACAGUCACCAAAAUAAUAUCUUUGAAAAAAUCUGAUAAUUCUGAUCUUUGCAGAAAUAUGUAUAUUAUGUAUAAAAAUAAUUUUUGAUAUGUAAUGCCCAAUAAAAAUGUGAAUGUAUAGAAUAACCAUGUGGAUG